CACGGGGACUAUGAAAAACUGUUCAUGUUCGUAGCGUAUGCAAUGGAAUUACACUUUGGUGGUGUAAACAUUAUGUGGGGAACGUGUAAUCCGUGCGCGUGGUGAAUAGAUCUGAGUGGAAAAGGAAUGGAUACGUAUGGCAAUUUUACGUGCAACUUCUGGAUUUGAAGACAGCAAGAUGCACAAUCAAGUGAUUUCAGCUCAUAUGACCCAUGUAAUUGCAGGAGGGGCUGGAGGUACACUUGGUGCAAUAAUAACAUGUCCGCUUGAAGUCGUCAAAACAAGGUUACAGUCGUCCAACACAUCACUGCGCAAAGUGUAUGUACCCAGUGUGAAUGCUGGGUUGUCAACCACGGAAGGAGGGGUCACGCAGGUCAAAGGUUACAGCAGGCAGUCCCUUGGAGUCAUCAGAUGCCUCAGGUACAUCUUGGAGCAUGAGGGUCCAAGUGCUCUCUUCCGGGGAUUAGGCCCGAAUCUCAUCGGUGUUGCCCCAUCCAGGGCAAUCUAUUUUGGAGCGUACGCACAGAUGAAGAGCUUCCUUAACGACAGAAUAGAGCCUGAGUCAUCACUAGUCCACUUGCUGUCAGCUGGCUUUGCAGGGUUCACAGCGUGUACGCUCACAAAUCCCAUAUGGCUGGUCAAGACCAGACUCCAACUGGAACAUGUCAAUGGCAAGAAGCACGCCAACAUGUUCCGUUGUGCCCAGUACGUCCAUCGCAAGGAGGGACUGCGGGGUUUCUACCGUGGCAUCUCGGCCUCCUACAUGGGCAUCACGGAGACGGCCAUCCACUUCGUCCUAUACGAGCACAUCAAGGCGCUGCUGACGGAGCAGAACGGCCACAUCACGGACCAGCGCAGGAAGCUGGACUUUCUGAUGUUCAUGGGUGCGGCCGCCACGUCCAAGACGAUAGCAGCCACACUAGCCUACCCACACGAGGUCGCCCGGACGAGGUUACGGGAAGAAGGCAAGAAGUACCGCUCUUUCUUCCAGACGCUGGUCACUGUCGCUCGGGAAGAGGGCUACCGGGGAAUGUACGGCGGCCUCACCACGCAUCUCGUGCGGCAGAUCCCCAACACAGCCAUCAUGAUGUGCACCUACGAGUUCAUUGUGUACCUCUUCAAUCGGGUGUAGGGUGAGGACUCCCUGAGGGACGUACUGCCGAAUUGUUAAGUGUGCUGUGAGGAAGGACUCGCUGCUACUGCUUUCUCUGCCCAAGAAUUGGUCGUCCAGGGUUGUGCAUCCUGCGAAGAAUCUCUAGCACGGUUCCGACUCCCUUCCCCAAGAGCCUCUCUGAUCCUAUCAGCUGUUCGAUCGUGAUCCUUCCUUGCCAUGCAAAUCUGAGAAAUAUAAACUGGUAGAAUAAUGAGGUAUGGGUGUGUAGCUCCACACGUGUGCUUGUCCGAAGAUUAAACAAGCCAACCACUAGGAGGCAUCUUGCUGACAAAGAUUUCUACCUGCCACUGAUGAGUGAUCUUCUCUCAGGAUUACAAAAAUAUUCCACUUCAUCUCUUGACGUAACCUGUGUUUGCCGAUGGCACGGUGGGUCGUUUGCACCAAAAUUUGCAUCAAAGAGAAGCCACCCAGCUGCACUUAUGUCGUGAUUUGUGAAAGGGGCAGUCGUGCUUACCAUUGAGACAUCGUAUGUACGUGGCUGUGUGGCUACAACAUUAAGAUCCUGACACUUGACAGCGCUGGGGUUAUUUACUGCUUUAUUGAGGGUUGUUUUUAUUUCAAUUGGACCAGGCAUCAGUGUGCAAGACCACAGAAUGAAGUGUGCCACAUGGCCACUGCCCGAAGUCUCCCCUGCAGUGGUUAGAGCAGCGUGACAGAUAUUGUCCAUUUGACAGUCCUGGGUCCGAAUGCUAGGAUACUAGAAAAAAGAACUGGUCAAAUGGAGGCUGUCGAAAUAAAUGAGAGAACUGAUUAUGCCAAAAUUAGUGUGUAAAUAUGAACAAAGAACUGAUUUAUUUUGAUGCCCAUGUGUUGGGUUGAUUUUUUUUUUUUGUAAAUUGUUAAAUGUAAAGAUACCAAAAACAUGUGUAUAUUAAGAAAAGACUUCGUUUACUCUGCCUAUAAUGCCCACAGGGGACACAAAUGAUGGAAGGGGUUUAGAAAACCAUCAUCUGCAUCAUACAGAUAUGGCAACCACAGUAAAUGCUUCGGUAGUGCACAGCGGCAAGUUUAACCACUUUGUUCAGGCGUGCAAGUUGCAGGGAAAAUAACCAUCAUGGAUUAAAAAUACAGCAAGGUAAUCAUUAAGCACAAAUGAAUUGACACAGAUAUCCCACAGUUAGAUUACUUUGAGAUUUAAAAGAUAAACGAUGACAAUUUAAAAGAUAAGCAACCUUUUUGUUUGUUUUUUAAGCAAUGCAUGUACUUCUCAGCUAUGUAAUUGUCCAGAAUCUGUCAUUCUUGCAUUUAAACCAUCCUUUUUAGAAGUUUUUUGGCUGAGGGACACAUUUUCCACAAUUUUUGCUGCAAUUUUUUAAGAACCUUUUCCACUUUUUUUUUUCUUGGCUGCAGUUAACACAGAACUUUUCUUAUUUUUUUUUAGUUGCUUGCCCAUUUUGUAACCUGAUCUCUCCAGGCGGAGUGUUCACUUUCAGAAAUCCAAGUAUGAGAAUUUUUGGUUAUCCCUAAAUGGAUCAAAAUGACUUGGAACAAUAUACAACUCGGGUAGUGUCACAUGAAUACAAGUACAGGUGACUGGAAAUCUUGUACAUUGUGUGUAAUAGCAAAAGCUUCGACAUGGCUAACCAGGAUGCUUACAAGGAGUACCAGGAGUGUACCUGGUUUAGACACGUCUACUGGUACUAAGUUUUAUGAUCUAAGGCAGUCAUGUUCCCUCUAAAGCUGUUUUGAAAUUCUAACAGCACCAAGUCAGUGAAUUUCUUCAUUGUGCAACACCAGCAUUUAUUUUAUCAUUGAUUUCAACCAUUUGCACUCUCCAAAAAAAAAGGUUUACUGGUUGCAAGAGUAAUAUGGCCACUUUGUUGUGCUUUACUUUUGCAGCCAUCUUCGCUCUGCAGUGCAUGUACAUGCUGCGUGUUGCCUGUUUAAAAAAUGGCAACCUCGCAUGUGAAAGAAGCUCUCACCAAAACGAAUAUCCCCCAAGUUUUUGCCAUGGAAGAUGUGUAUUCUUUAAGAAUUUAAGAAUGUUUCUGUACGUCCCCUGAAUGGUAACAUUUCAAGGGUAAGAAAUUGGCCAGUAUUGAAGGAUUUGGUACCAACUUCGUUUAAUUGCGUUGCAUUGUGUAGCUUUAUUGGCGGGUUAAACGGUUGGACUUGGUAUGAUCUCGUAUUUUACAGAUUUAAACUCCAUAAUUUAAAAUAUAUUUUAUAUAGUAAAGGUGUUUUGGAAAGAAUUGAUAACAAAAUUAAAUGCAGUUACGUCCGCAAAUUAUUAUGAUUUUUGUUUAUUAAUUAACCCUAAUACAUGUACAUGUAAUUAAGUCUCAGUGGUCGCAUGCUAAGACCAUUCAUACUACUAGUCUGAAAUGAAAGUUCUACAUGUACAUACAUAAAAGUAGGUAUUGGACAUACUUCUAUCCCAUACAACCUCAAAUUCUCUACUACUCACGUGCUCUCCCCGGUAAGUUAUUCUGAUCGCUUGCAUAUAACAGAUUGGACUGAUGGAAACUCUUUCAGGAACUCUUAAAUCGUGCACUAGUAUACAUGUAAACAGUACAUCAUAUCAUACAACUUUUAAGGAGCUUACAAUGCAGGAAGAUUUUAUGCAAGGCAUUAACUGUUAACACAGGCUUUGUUAAGGGGUAAACAAAGCUGAAACUGUAAUUGUAUAUUCAGCGCGGAGGGGUUUUUACACUUCCUUGAUGAAUAAAGUAUAAUUAUGGUGAAAAUA